AGCUCAAGGCCAGGCAACUGAAAUUGAGCACUGUUGUGUUGUUGGUGACGUCAUCAAUUAUUUACACUUUUGACAAUCUGUCAGUGUCGAAUGUGAUAAAGAGGUGUUAUUUUCCUAAUUUAAGAUGGCGGAUACGUACAAAACUUUAAAUAAUGAUGGGCAGCCUCAGCAAGCAUCAGCUCCACCUCCACCACAACCAGAAGUGGGCUUUUGUUUCAGGCUUUUUGUGAGGAUUGUUGCUUCUGUAGCUGGCGUAUUGGCCAUCAUUCUUGGACUGAUAUCUCUCAUUACCGUCAAAGGCAUGUGCAUCGUUGCUGGGAUCUAUAUCAUUUUACUUGGUUUCCUGACGAUUCUACUAGAAGCACCCUUUUGCUGCCAGUUCCUAGAUAUCACUGACAAAGUCAGCAAGUGGAGCGAGCGCAGAGCUCCAUGGCAAAAGGCUCUCUUUUAUCUCUUGUUACCCAUCGUGCCGUUCUUCUUCUGCACAGGAUUAAGUUCAAUCUUUGCCUGUCUUGGAAUCAUGGCUACUGGCGUUCUCUACGGACUGGUAUUCAUUGGAAAGAAGGGUGAUGCUGUUAAGAAUGCUCAAAGGGCCCAACAGCCAGGAGACAUGCCCUUAUCAGACCCACCAUCCCUGGAUCCCUAUGGAAGGAAAGAACUCAUCCCUUGAACAGACAAAGAGGGCGCUAGACUCACCAACCAACUAAUACCCAAGAAAUGGCACAUUCCACCCCUCCAUUCCAGAGCCUCACACAAUAUCAGGACCAUUCCGCUGUUCUCAUUCCACUGGAUGUUUGCCUUUAUGUUUGUCAUUCAUGUGAAAACCAUGCUCAAGUUUUAAACACAAUUUUCAUUGAUCUAUAGGACUUUUUUUGACGACAGAUUUCAAGAUUUUUUUAGGUAGUAAGGGAGAGCAUGUGGGCUCCAUUGAAGUAUUAUUUGUUUAUUUUGGUUAUGUAUUCAGAUUAUUGUGAACAUGGCUUCAUUGUGAAAGUACACUAUCAGAAACAUUGUGCAAUAUAUCUUGUUUCUAAGAUCUAAACAGGGCAUCUUUCAAAAUCAGUAUGAAUUGGUUGAAAUUAAAUUGAUGGCUAUAUAAACUCUAUACUCUAGUUUGAGUGUAGAUUGAUUUGUUUGCAAUGCCCCCCCCCCCCCCCCCCCCUCAAAAAAAGAUAAGUCAAACAGGUAAACAAUGUAUCUUUGACAAGGUUUUCUCUUUUGCCACAUGUGCAUGUUGUCUAUUCUAUAAACUAGUUUUUAUUCUUUCACAAUGGCUAACAAAUCAUCAUUUUCUCACAUUACCUGAAAACUUUCAUUUAAAAGAAAAUGAUAUGUGCACUUCCUUUAAAUGUUACCACAAUGUGUAUUAUAUUUUGUGUUCCUAGCGAUAUUGAAAAGCAAGGUGCUUUAACUAGUAACCGAAAUAUCAGAGAAACAUAUCAGGGUGGACCGUGGAUCACCAUGAAUCACAUAAAACUAUCCAGACGGUUACAAUUGUUUUGAAAGCCAUUGAACUAAUUAGGGGCAGCAAAUAUAGCUUUUCGUAGGAAUCUACUUGUCAUGCGACUAGCAUCAUCAGGACUUUCUCAUCAUAUCCGUAUUGCAUUAGAAAUGGAAGAAUCAAGUUAUAGCUUGUUGUAAUUGCUGUCAUACUAGAAAUUAUUCCUUGCAACUCAUUUUUUUAGAUAUAGAGAAAGUGGGCAUUUGGAUUUGGACAAAAAAAAAUUGAUUUAUGAUGAAUAGAGUCAUAGAUGUUUGUUUGUAUGAAAAAAGGCAUGUGAAGAUUAAGGAUUUAUGGUAAAUAUAAUGUAAAUCCAUUUUGUUUCCCCUUCUAUUGGUAAGAGGAUGUAAACACAUCUUUUGCAAAAUAUUCCCAAAGACAUUGUAUUCCGUGUAGACUGCACCGUCAUCUACUCUGAUAGAGAAAGUGAAUAUUUCUUGGAUUUUAGUUGGUUUAGAUCGAGACCUGACAUGAUUUACACGGCAUGCAAAAUUAAAGAGGUCUGUGAUGUAAUCAGUGGUGCACAUGUUAACGUUGUUGCCUGAAAGCUUUCAUUUAAAAUCAUCAACACUUGUGGCACUAAUCAAUGUAGAUAUUGUGCCAUUGUUGCUAAUGUAUAUUCAUUUCUGAGCAUGUUGCAUGCAACAAGUUCACAAGUUUACAUGUGUAGAUACAAGUAAACACUGUUGUGCCAUUUGUUGCCAGACGCAAUGGUAUACAUUUUGUGAUUGUUGCUAAUGUAUAUUCAAUCCUUAGCAUGUUGCAUGCAACAAGUUCACAUGUCUUGAUUCAACGAAACACCGUUGUGCAAUUUGUUGCCAGAGGCAAUAUGUGUGUAGUCAGGUGGUUUGUCAGAUUCAGUAUUAAAAUGGGAAUUUUGUCUGCAAGUGAUAACAUUUAGAUAUAUAUGAAAGUAUAUGUUUCAGUGCAAGCAACAAAAUUAGAGAGAAGUAUAUAUAUAUAUAUAUAUAUAUGUUUCAGAAUUCAGUGCAAGCAACGUGAAGUGCUAAAUCUGCCUUGUCAUAGAAUUGCGGUAAAUUUGUACAUUAUCUUAAAAGUUAAGAUAUUGUGCAUUUUGUGAUAUAUACCAAUGUACACCCAUGUGUCAAUAAGCA